AUGCAAAGAAGAAACUCCAUCUCAUCCACCACGUCCCAUGCCAGGCUGGACUGCGUCAGAGACGUCAGGGACACCAGCACUGACGCCCUCCUCACCUUAGACGACCGCUUCUUGAAGAAGUCUCGAAAGUCAGACUCCCACCUCCAUUUACAGGCCAGAUCCUACUGUUUUCCUAAUGGUGAAGUUUUCAGGCCCCGCAACGCCCCUACCAAGCGCAAUAAGCCUCAGAAGAUCCCACACGAAAGAACCGAACGAUAUGAAAGAAAUGAAAGACCUGACAGAGUCGAUAUCCCUCGCUCGGCGUCCAUGGUGCUGGUGACAUCCAUCAAUUCGUCCCACUCGGCUGUUCCUCUGAUUUCAAGCUCCUAUUUGACCACGCUGCCUUCGUUCAGCAAUCUCAAACUGAAGAAUAAGAAUGAUUUGGUGCUGCUGAUCCGAAACAACAAAUUGGACACGCCCACUAACAUCAACAUCAACACCUUGACUCAAACGCCGCCAACUCCACUGUCUGGUCCUCAGUUCCAUCCUCGCCUGUUUCUGUUGACCAAUAAUAGAUACUCGGAAAACUCCACCAACAUCGUACGACUGGAACUGUUGCUUCGCAAUACACUGAGUGAAACUUUUGUCAAUGGCAAAAGUGGCAGCCUGGAUCUGAAUCCAUCGAGCUUGUCCAACUACAAUUUGAACCGUUCCAACUCGAAUACCCCCCAGACUUCCGUCAGCACCAGCGACAAUAUAAACGACACCAUUCCAUCAGAUGAGUCGGAACCUGCGGCCAGUCUUAAUAAGACGCCAUCGCUAGAGUUGAUAAAGGAAACUGGAAGUGCCGACAAAUCAAGCAGAAUUACGGUCGGAAACCACUCAGAGACCGAUCUAGAAACUGCAGCAGGUUCUCCUAGCGCAGAAACAGUUGGAUUGGACUCACAUGCACUCAAUGGCGGCACUUCCCCUUAUGAAUCGCUGAAUGUUCAAACUCCUGCUUCCGAAGCGUCAGCGUACGAUAGCGCUACCGAUUACGCUAGUGCAGAGAGCAGGAAAUCACAAGAAGAGAAUGACAGAGGUGUUCCAACUGACUCUGAAAGCCAGUCUCCCAAUUCAAAUAAUGGUGACAGUCUGAUAUCACUUAGUGCUGCGUCGGUUUCAAGUGCCGCACCUGAUUCAAGCUCCGAUGACGAUCAAGCUGACUCUGAUGAGCAAUUCCAACCACUGAAGGAACAAAGUCCAUUCGAAGUGGUUGUUGACGAUAGCGGCUUGAAAAUAGAUUCUCCUGCUUCGGCAGUGGAGCUGCAUUCUACUCAAGUUGUUUCAAGCGGCCAAUCGGAUGCUCCCACGAUACACCAUGAUGCUCAUGGUGACAUUGUGCUAGAAUCUGACGAUAGUCGCAGUGAGAACUCUCAGAGAUACUCCCAGGACUACACACUGAACACACAAGACACCACUGAUACAGUGCAUUCGUUCGAAGGGGGUCCAGAUCUGACGACAACUUCUUCUUUCAAGCCUUCUGACUUGACCAGUAUUGCUGAUACUAUGAACAGUGAUCUUCCUGAGCCUACCAUUAAGCUCGACUCUACGUCCAAGAGCAAAGCAACCUCUAAUUUGCGUUCAUUUGAGAGUAUGACCGAAUACGUGGCUGGUUCCACGAUCCCCGGUUCGCCUAAUACCUUCAAUUCAUACGAGGAUAAACCGUCGCCUAUUUCGAAAGACUCUCCUUUACAAGAGAAACCGUUACCCGUCUCAAAGGAUUCGUCUUUGAAUGAGAGACCUUCGCCUAUCUCCAAGGACUCUCCAAUUAAAGAAAUACCAUCUCCGAUUUCUAAGGAUUCUCCAAAGGACAAACCAACACCCAUAUCCAAAGAUUCGCCUUCUUCUCCACGUCAGAAGAUCAGAUCCAUGCUAGAUUUCGGCCCAACGAUUCCGGCAACUUCAGUUGGAACCCUGGAUUUCCCUAUUUUGACUGCUAGAUCUGCAAGUUUUGGGACGGCAAUGGCUCCAAAUGAUAAAUCUCAAGAAAAUCCCGAGAGAACACUUGUUAAAUCGAGCAACCCACUUGGCCAAAGUCAACCGAGAGAAGUGCAACCACUUUUGUUACCAGAUGAUUUCAACGAACUCAAGUUGGUUAAUCAUGAAUACUCUAAGAGAAAGAACAUUGACCUAAGGUUGAACCUUCAGUCUGAAACCUUGGCAACGGUAACAGAAGUCCUGCCUGAUGCACCCACUCCAAUUUCGAAGGAUUCUUACCAGCUUACACCUCAAAUUCCUGCUAGGGGUGAUUUAGCGGCUUUUACUGAAGUUAAAACUCCUACUAAUCUUCCUCGACGGACUGGUUCAAAUCAACAAAUCAAUUUAACGCCAGGUAGUGAAUUCAGUUUUGGGGGUGGAGAGGAUAACCUUAAAAGAAAAUCAAGUGUCAGUGAUACUGAGUCGGGAGUGAAUGUGUCAGACUUAUACUCGCGCGGCCAAAUUGAGAAGUUUCUCGCCGACGAUCAAAAGGAAGUUCCUCCUCGUGGUGACUUGGACAUAAAGGGUGGUAGCAUUAAGGUUCAUAAGAGGAAUGCUUCGUCUAUAAGUUCCUUGAAUUCUGUUUUGCAAGGAAGACUGCCUCGACUCGAAGUAGAACCUGUCAUUAAACCUGCUGCUGAUGUGAAUCCCCCAAGGUCUACACUGCAACUUCAGAGCAGGCUUUCAAUGUUGAACGUAGUGGAUGUUGAUUUCGACAAGUCUUUGCCACCAACACCAGAACGGAAGAACAAAUACACUGGUCGCUUUAGUUUACUCGGGGAUCCAUUGGCUUCACCAACACACAACCGUAUGUUGAAUAAACCAUCUCCUAGGAAAGACCUCCCAUCGACCGAUGAAGGCACACUUGAUCUGCCAUUGAGUGAAAAGGAUGGAAAAUGGCACUCGAUGAGCAGUUUCAAGAAGGUUUUCAAAAGAUUUGGCUCCGAAGGCAAUUCAAAGCUGUCCAAGCAAUCAGUGAAAGACAACAAGAAGCCCGAGAAGAAGGUUACAAAGAAGCCUCUGUUGCCUUCUUUGAAGACCUUAAGAACCAGCAAUUCGACUAUCUCUGUUAAUGGAGACUCUCUGAGCGAAGUUACUAUACGACAACUUUACCAGGAUAAAGAGCUUCCAGUCCAGUCUCUGCUGAGAACUUCGAGUCAAGAGGAUGUCUCCUUUUCUACCGCAAAGCUGUCAAAGUUUGCUGCCAAGCGCAAGAAGUUUGUCAUGAGUUUGAAAUUGGCUUCAGUGGGCCGCAUAGAGGAACUACCAUCUCCAGUGUACAGUGUUAGAGAUAGACCAGAAACCCUCGAUGUUCAACCACUUGAAAGGCAGCCAUCGACCAAGUUUGACUUGCCUCAGUUGGAAAUUGGAAAUGACAAUUUUGACGAUUUGCUUUUGAAGUUUGAUGAAGUGGAACAGAAGGCAGAGAAAGAAGUUGAGGAGCUGUAUGUUAAUCCCAAAUCUUUGAGCUCUUUAUUCUUGAAGGAUGACGAGUUGACUGAGGCUCAGAUUGUUGAUCAGCAGAAAAAUGACAAUCAGCUUUCGGAUGAAUCGCUACCUAGAGCAUUCACUCAAGAGUCGCCUGUACUAGAUCAAUUUGGACAGAUUGAAGAGAAAUUAAAUGGCGAUAUGCAACAAGAGGAAACCGAUGAAGGAUGGGUGGAUCCCGAUGAGACUCUAUCGCUCAUGAAAUCCGAAGAGCUUGUUGUUGAUUUGCCCUCAGAAGAUGGCGAGCAACGUAUCUUGUUGAAGAAGGAGGGUUUAAUUGAGUUGCUUGCAGACAACACGAAUCGUGGUCUUCCGGCAUUUUUGAAGCAUGUCAAGCAGUUCCAGGACUUCCCUGAAAUUGAAAUUAGAGUGAGUGACUUUGAUCCGACCCUCAAUGUGAACGGCGCAACUUCCACGGCUGUGGUGAAGAGUCCUAUUUUGAAAACUGAAGCAAAACCAAGUUCUAAACGAACCGUGGAGUUUUCCAAUACUAUCAGCAUUAGUGAAACAUAUCCUUCCUAUAUGUACAAGAGAUACAACAAGUCUGUGACACAAUACUAUCUCACGGAAUUUGCUGAAGUCAACCGGAUCAAGAAUGAGCUAAAUGCGUACAAGUGCCAUGAGAUGCUCGUUCACGAAAAAUCGCAGAUGAACACACACUUCUUUUACUGA